CCUUCUCCUCCUCCUCCUUAUAAAUAGCAAUAUAUUCAGUGAAGAGCCUAAUUAAAUCUUGAAAAAUGGCAUCAUGUUUAUCUGUACUCUUUCUUGCUUUACUUGUUGUUUUUCUCUCUUCUCGUGUUCUUUCCCUUUCUUCAUCCAAUAAUGAGGAUGAGUUUAUGUUAUCUUCUGCUAAAUUCCCUGUACCAGUGGCAGAAAAACUCAUCAAACAACUUAAUUUGUUCCCUAAACAUGAUAUCAACAAGGCUUCAUCAUCACCCUUAGCUGCUACUCAUCAGCAAACUCUCUUUGAGAAGAGAUUCAAUUUAUCUUAUCUUGGUGAUUCAGGGGCCACUGUUCAAGAUUUGGGUCAUCAUGCCGGUUAUUAUCGUCUUCCACAUACUAAAGAUGCAAGGAUGUUUUAUUUCUUUUUUGAAUCAAGAAGCAGCCAGAAUGAUCCAGUUGUUAUAUGGCUAACAGGGGGGCCAGGAUGUAGCAGUGAAUUGGCUGUGUUUUAUGAAAAUGGACCUUUCAAUAUAGCAGACAAUAUGUCACUUGUUUGGAAUAAUUUUGGCUGGGACAAGGUCUCAAACUUAAUAUACGUUGAUCAACCAACUGGAACUGGUUUCAGUUAUACAUCAGACGAUGAUGACAUUCGUCACGAUGAAAGGGGUGUUAGCAACGACCUUUACGACUUCUUGCAGGCUUUCUUCAAGGCACAUCCUCAGUAUGUAAAGAAUGAUUUUUACAUAACUGGAGAAUCAUAUGCUGGGCAUUACAUUCCUGCAUUUGCUUCUCGCGUUCAUCAAGGUAACAAGAAUAAAGAAGGAAUUCCAAUAAAUCUUAAGGGAUUCGCCAUUGGUAAUGGACUCACUAAUCCAGAAAUUCAGUACAAAGCCUACACUGACUAUGCAUUGGAUAUGAGAUUGAUCAAACAAUCUGAUUACAAUGUCAUUGACAACUCAUAUCCAAAAUGUCAACAGGCAAUUAAGCUUUGUGGAACUGAUGGUGGAAGUGCUUGCAUGGCGGCAUAUCUUGUUUGCACAAGUAUCUUCAACAAGAUAAUGAAUGUUGUGGGUAACAAAAAUUACUAUGAUGUCAGAAAGACUUGUGAUGGUGAUCUCUGCUAUGACUUUUCCAACAUGGAAAAUCUCCUCAAUGAUGAGCAGGUUAAACAUGCCCUUGGUGUCGGGGAUAUUGAGUUUGUGUCGUGUAGUUCUACAGUUUACCAGGCAAUGCAGUUGGAUUGGAUGAGGAAUCUUGAAGCUGGUAUUCCUCCACUCCUUGAGGAUGGAAUCAAGCUACUUGUGUAUGCCGGGGAAUAUGAUCUUAUCUGCAACUGGCUAGGGAACUCGAGGUGGGUGCAUGCAAUGGAAUGGUCUGGACAGAAAGAUUUUGGGGCAGCACGAUCGGUUCCUUUUACAGUAGAUGGUGAAGAGAAAGGAAUUGAAAAGAACCACGGGCCUCUAACUUUCCUUAGGGUCCAUGAUGCAGGACACAUGGUUCCAAUGGAUCAACCUAAGGCAGCACUUGAAAUGCUGCAGAGAUGGAUGCAAGGGAAAUUGUCUAAAGAAGGUCACUUUGCUCAUAUGUAGUUUCUUCAACUUACAAUUAAGGCCCAAUAACAGUU